CUCCACCAAACACCAAAUCCCAAACCCCAAACACCAGAGUUGAGGCAAAUACAGGAGGCGCAAGCCCGUCCCAUGAUCUAUGAUUCUGUGCAUAUCAUUUCUCAAAUUCUCAGCUGUGCUCGCCUCAACUCAACUCUGGAGUGCGCUGCCUUGUAACCAGGCGCAGUACCACCGGUACCGGUAUCUAUCCAGUGGAGGAUCAACUCCCAGAGCCCAGACGAAUGCGUCGCACAGGGGUUUCAGGUUCAGCCAGAGCAGAGCAGAACAGAGCAGACACAUAGGGGGCUGUGGGUUUCCGAUGUGCUGGAUUGUUUGGAGGAUUGGAAUUUGGGGGAAUACAUAUUGGUCCGUUAGAGAGGUUGUGUGACGAGAAACACUCAGUUGGUAUGUAUCACACUGCUGAGGUGCGAAGGGCAGAUGGGCAGAAGGG